AUGGCACGUUUGAGUUCUAGAGCGAUAAAUAAGCUUCUUAAAUCAUCUCUGGCAGCUGUAAUGAUCUCAACAUCUGCAUACCAAGGACACAAAUCGCUGUCACAGUUUCGUAGUUACAUUGCCUUGAGACUUUCUGUACCAAGUUUCAAGCUAUUUGAUUGGCCUGUUGGGUACGCAGGCAUUUUUAAGUACCUAAGCUAUGGACUCCUUUUUGAGAAAGCAGGCUGUAACACGGAAUGUGAGAACAAUACAAAGGAGAGGAUAUACGUGUUGGCCGUAAUCGCCGUGCCUGCUAUAGUUGCGCACUUCCUCUGUGUCUUUACCCUCGCACAGCCUGCUAUGAGGAAACGGAAGUACUGCUACCACAUAGUACUGGCAGUGGCUGACUACCUUCAGCUGGUAUUCCUGAUUUUCGCCGCGUUUAGGGAGAAGGAAAUUAAGAAAGAGGGAGAGGAAAGUGAGAAACAGGGAGAGGAAAGUAAGAAACAGGAAGAGGAAUGCUUCGUGGAUAAUCCUUUGAGAAUAACAGAGGAAUUCUUCUCGCAAGUGGGGGUAUAUGCGAUCUUCCUGCUCGCCCUCGACACGUAUAUCGCCGUUGUCCAUCCUUUGCAUUUCCCUUCCACGCAGACGAACAAGAUGUACAUAGUCAGGUGUCUUGGUGUCUUACCUCUGGCUCUCUUCUCCUUCUCCUACACCUUUCCCUACCUUAUUUACCUGUCAGUAACUCUAUCUUACUUGGUUCCCCUCCUGGCCAUCCCUUGCCUCUACCUUGCAACGGCCAAAAGAUUUCGAGAACUGAAUUUGAACUCCGGGUGGGAAAGUUCUCCAAGGCACAAAGAAAACAUAAAGUUGCUACUCUUGAUGAUAUUGGUGUUGUAUACUGAGCAUUUGCCGAGUUGUGUAAUGAUGAUUAUCUGUAAGCCAGACAGUCCACACAGGCAGUCCCUUCAUUUAGCGAAUGACUUUUUGCAUUACCUGGGGAAUGUAGUAACUAUCUUCCUGUACUACGUGUGCAAGAGUGAGUUCCGGUCAACCUUCCUUGGCAUGACCAGAAUGUCCUGCCCAGCCUUUUCAGCCCCUGCCGACGCCGCCGACGUGGCCCAGCCAACCCGGAGUGUGCAAGGCGCUUCAGAAGGCCAGCUUUCGAUCCCACAGGAAGAGCAAGUCAGAGAUGCAGUGGAGGGCGGUAGCCUUCCUGUCCAGGUAUCUAGUGAUACUUAAAGACAUUCAGUUGGACUGAUGUCUCUCAGAGAUCUUUGUACUUUCAGUGGGCGAUAAAUGCUCCGCUUAGGAAAAGAAAUAUUUGUA